AUGAGAGAGAGAGAGAGAGGAGAAGAGAAGAUAAGCAUAAGAAAUGAAAACCCCAUUUCAAGAGGUGGUUCCUUUGGCUGCUGGGAAUGUACUUGGAGCAGAGAAUUGGAGUUCAAUUACGAAAUGGGAGGCUAUAAUCCGCAGACUUCUUCUGCUUCUGAUAUACUUGCUAAUGUUGCCCAUACCCCUGUGCUAAACAUGAUAGAAAAAGGUUUCAUAGGUAUCAUGAAUGAUGAUGAUAAUAAUGGAAUAAUCAGCAUACUGAAGAAUAGCCAUAGGUCCUAUACUGAUUGGAACUACCUCUGCCGCACAUUAAUUUUGGAAUUGGGCUUGGUGGCCGGGAUACCAGUUGGAACAUCAUUAAUUGAUGCUCAUGCUGGAGGUCUCUUUAGGCUAAUUGACGAGAUAAAUAAAGUAGAAAAAGCUAAAAGCGAAGGAAGCUCUCCUUGGAAGCAAGGGGUUUUGUGCCUGAUGAUAGAUUUUAGCUGGCCAGUUUAA